AUGUUUGCCGUUCUAUAUUUAUCAUGGCUGAUAAAUGGCGUGAUAUCAAGUGGGAUCGCGAAAAUCAGCCGACAGCUUUUGAUUUCAAUUACUAUUUGCGAAUUUCCCUUUCAAUCAUAUCUGAAUAUUUUUACUUUGCUUAUUGGUGAAUCAUUCACACUGGGAGAGAAACGAAGUUGCGUGUGGUUGUGGGAAGCGGUGGGUCGUCGACGUAGACGUAAACAGAAAAAUCGCGUUCGUCUCGAGUCAAUUUCAGAAGAUUCUCUUGAACCUGUAACUUUUACAUCAAAUUCGCCUCAAACUUCCUUUUGGCGAAUGUGGGAUGUUGGAACUGUUCCGGGUCGAUUAGGAGAUGCUAUUGGCAUUCUCGUACGUUAUGCCCAUCAAUCCAUCGCCACGAUUCUCUGCCCAAUGUAA